AGCAAGGUGAAAAAUAGGGCGAUUGAGAGACAGAAAAGACAGAGAAACUUGUUAAUUACAGGACUUUCUGAGCAAGAUAUUUUUCUUCCCUUUCACAAGUUAGAAGCUAUGAAUAAUUCAUACCAGCAUGGAAAGGCUGCCUUUUCCCUGGGUGAUGUAUAACUGAGCAGGAGAGAGCUUCGAGUGGGUUCACCGCAUCAGCCACCACUCUAGCUUCUGAGCACGGGGGUGCUCUCUUCUUGAGCUCAGCUUCUGCUUUUGCAGCCAAGCACCCUUACUGCUGCUGCUGCUGCCUGCCUACCUGCCCACCCGCCCGGGGUUGCAGCCUGCCACUUUACUUUCUCCAGCCCUGCUGCCAGCUGAGGAGUCUCCCUACAGCUGCUGGCUUCUGCCUAGGGCCAUGUGUGGAUGCUGCACUGGGAAGGAGGCACUUGCUCCUGGCGCUGAUCCCCGCUGAGUUUCUCCUGUUGAUUGCAGGACCACAGAUGCUGCUGCUGAGGAGGUAUUUGCUGGCCUCCCUUCCUCUGCUACCCACCAGCUAAGGACGAGCCAGAAAGAGGGCAUCAGGAUGGGCCGCGCUGCGAGAAACGGACGCUAGCCAGCGAGGUGUGAAGAGUUGGCCAGAAUGACCAACUCUUCCACGUCCACCUCCUCCACCACCGGGGGAUCCUUGCUGCUGCUCUGCGAGGAAGAGGAGUCGUGGGCGGGCCGACGCAUCCCCGUGUCCCUCCUGUACUCGGGCCUGGCCAUUGGGGGCACGCUGGCCAACGGCAUGGUCAUCUAUCUCGUGUCCUCCUUCCGAAAGCUUCAGACGACCAGCAACGCUUUCAUCGUGAACGGUUGCGCCGCCGAUCUCAGCGUCUGCGCCCUCUGGAUGCCGCAGGAGGCGGUGCUCGGGCUCCUGCCCGCGGGCUCCGCUGAGCCCCCCGGGGACUGGGACGGCGCCGGGGGCAGCUACCGCCUGCUGCGGGGCGGGCUGCUGGGCCUCGGGCUCACCGUGUCCCUCUUGUCCCACUGCCUGGUGGCCCUGAACCGCUACCUGCUCAUCACCCGGGCGCCCGCCACCUACCAGGCGCUGUACCAGCGGCGCCACACGGCGGGCAUGCUGGCGCUGUCCUGGGCACUAGCCCUGGGCCUCGUGCUGCUGCUCCCGCCCUGGGCGCCGCGUCCGGGCGCCGCGCCCCCGCGCGUCCACUACCCGGCGCUGCUGGCCGCCGGGGCGCUGCUGGCGCAGACGGCGCUGCUGCUGCACUGCUACCUGGGCAUCGUGCGCCGCGUGCGCGUCAGCGUCAAGCGGGUCAGCGUCCUCAACUUCCACCUGCUGCACCAGCUGCCCGGCUGCGCCGCCGCCGCCGCCGCCUUCCCGGGCGCCCAGCACGCGCCGGGCCCGGGUGGUGCUCAGCUCCCGGCGCAGGCUCAGCCCCUGCCCGCGGCGUUGCACCCGCGGCGGGCGCAGCGGCGUCUCAGCGGCCUGUCAGUGCUGCUGCUCUGCUGCGUCUUCCUGCUGGCCACGCAGCCGCUGGUGUGGGUGAGCCUGGCCAGCGGCUUCUCGCUGCCCGUGCCCUGGGGCGUGCAGGCGGCCAGUUGGCUCCUGUGCUGUGCCCUGUCCGCGCUCAACCCGCUGCUCUACACGUGGAGGAACGAAGAGUUCCGCCGCUCCGUGCGCUCUGUCCUGCCUGGCGUCGGCGACGCGGCGGCCGCUGCUGCCGCCGCCACGGCCGUGCCCGCGGUGUCCCAAGCUCAGCUGGGCACUCGCGCCGCCGGCCAGCACUGGUGACCCGGGCAGGGCGCUCGGGAAGCGGAGAUGCCCGCCUUCCAAUGGCCUUGGUCACCACCGCCUCCUGCCCUUGGAAAGUAUCCCCAGCCUGAACGAAGACUCCGGCGGGCGAAGCUCAAUAAUAAAUCGGUGCGAAGAUUUCGCCUUCGACCCCAGUGGGAUACCUGAACCGAGGUUUCAGUGUACAUGUGGGCCGCGAAGUCAUUUUCGACGGCCACCUGAUUUUUACCCUUUGUUUCCGUGUAUUAGGGAAAUCCUAAAGUCAGAACACCGGAAACUUCAGGAACUUGCACACUGACUUUUCGAAAGAAUCGGUUAAUUUCUUUUAACAGUUUUGGAAAAAACAGCUUUGUGACCUUGAUUACCAUUCCCACCUUCAUCGUCUUAUGAUGUAUAUAAAGCGCCUUGAGUGUGCAUAAGCCAAAGGGAAUAAUAUUGAUGAAGGAAAUAAUAUUUAUAAAGCAUUUGAGAAAGUAACCUAUCUUUAAUGAUGCUUCUGUUACAAUUUAGCCUUUCUAUAUUGACCUGAAGAAUGAAGCCACAGAUACGCACACCAGUAAGUUGCCAUUAAGACCUCAGGCCCUUUGUUCUUAAAAGGGUUUUUAUAAAGUAAAAUCAUUUCCCGGAUGAGACAGAAUCUUAGCCAGUGAGGAGGGAAACCCUCAGAUUUAUUAUUUUACAUUCCCCUUUGCACUUCUAAGACUGAAAAUGGACAUUAAGUGUUAAAGUGACAGGUUUCCAUUGUGUUGAUUGAUGGGCUGAGCCCGCUAUGGAAUGUUGAAAACAAUAAGGGCGCUAUCUAUUUUAGGUACCAGUUUCAGGUUUUCUAUGGCAUGCACAUUUGUUGUUACCCUCAUUUGUCAUCGAUUUACCUGCCUUGUGAGUGUGAUUGCGGCUGUGAACUUUCUGUACUAUAAUGGUUGCUAAGGAGAAUAAGUCCUUCUGUUUUCUCUUUAACAUUUAAAAUAUCUCAAUGCACCUGAUUUAAUUAAACACGACUAACACCAUGAUUGCAUAGCUAAUAUUAACCUCUAUUGCAUGCUCCUAGAUGCUAGAACUUACUGAGCAUGUGGUAUACUAAAGCAAUACCCAUUGGACAAGGACAUUGUACUUCUUCCAGACACCAGAAGAAGCAGCCAUCAAUUAUAUGAAAAGAGACAUAGAGACACCUCUGGCUACCAAGAAUUCUCGUCUUGACUCAAUUUAUGAGAAAACUCUCAGGUGGGACUUUAUCUUGCAAAUGAACCACUCUGCAAAGCCACCUGUGCUUUUUUAGGGUUUAGACAAGCCACACGUUAGAAAGUAAUAAUUUUUUUAUGUAGUUCAUAUGUAUUACCAUGACACUUAACAUUGAUAUCGUAUAUGUUAAAGAAGGUAUAAUGAACUCAGUUAUAAAAAGGAACAGUUCAAGUGGGAAUCUGUUCUAAAGUGUAUAAUUUGAGGCUUGCCAUUUUCAUCUCUUUUAGUAAAUUUAUGUAGGGAUGUUCAAUAUUUGAAAUGCAAAGCUGUGUGAAAUCACUAUAAAAUUAAAAUGAGAGAAAAGUAGUAAAAUAAUCAGUUACCAGCAAUUCUGACUGCUGCUCACUACAUCCAGCCUGGGGCUGAGCAGCCUCGACUGUGUAAUUCAGGAACCAAAUUGUUGGCCUCCUGGACGUUUGUAGGCCAGGAGAGUAGGAACACUUGUACAUUUGAAUAAUUAUGGGAGUGGCAGGAAACUUUGACAUGUUUGCAGAAAAACAAAACAGAUGUGUUCAUCACCAGUAGUCAGCAGUCAUUUUAUUAAUCUAAUCCCUUUGUGCAUGCACCAUUUCUCUCUUACUAAGGUUUCAUCUGCUCUCAUUUUUCUGGAUUUAAAUACUUAAUUAAAGUUCAGACAACUCUUCCUCUGUCUGUUUUUUUCUUGUCUCUGGUCUUCUUGAAUAGCUCUCUGAGAGCACUGUAACAGAUGACACUGUAUCCCAAAGCACUGGUGAUAAAAGCAACUUCUUGGUUCUGGCUUUAUUUGAUUCUACAUUUAGUUUCUACAUUUAUUUCUAUCUUUUAUAACUAAAUAGGAUACAUAUGCCAGCAUUGAAAAGAAAUAGCUAUUAUUUCCUUUCUGUAAGUGUAACUGAUUUGGGGGAAAGGCUGCAACAACAGAGAACUGAAUUUUACUUUUUUGUGGGGAGGGGGCUGGGGGACACUUGUCUAAGUUCCUUAUCAAAAGGUUUUCUUUUAAUUAGGCCUUUAUCCUUGUUUCACACGGUAGAUGCUACAAACGAUUUUCCCGCUAUUCCUGCAAACAGUUGCCAAGCACAUAAAUUUAGCUUUUCAAGUAUCCAAUAUCUUGGAGUGUUUCUGGCUAACACAGAACCGCCUUUGCUGGCUCAGUGCCAUGUGGGAGACCUACUUCAGGUUGUAUUUACUGGUAAUUAACUCCAGAGGACUGAUUCACUUUUAAUUUAGAAGUAGAAAUGAUGUGUCUAAAAAUGCCUUAUUCAGGCAAGAGCUGGGAGUUGGAGUUACUGCUUUUACAAAUUAAGUUAAUGAAGAUUGUGUUCCUGUUUAAAUGAAACUACAUAUUAUCCACUCAGGAAUGAAAAGUCCUAAUUGCUGUUGUGGGCUGUCCUGCUUAGCUUUGUCUACUUUUUUUCUUUAGGUAUAUGCCUAUUAAGACAUAUAGCACACUCCCCACCCACCCAUCCUUGCACUUUAAUGGCUAAAUUCUAGGAUGUAAUAGGUAUUACUCCUAGUGCUUUCCUGCUUCCAAAAUGAAAAUAUGUGCUUAAACAACAAUUCUGUUUUGUACACAGGUAUCCACGGGUGUUUUUCUUUUCUUUUUUUUUUUAAUACUAUAGGGCUUUAACUCUCUGAUAGAGAAAACCCUUGAAAAGAUCUGCUCACCAAAGAAACGUGGGUCUGCUCUGGCCUCCUGGUUCAAUGCAAAUCUGUUCUGACAACAGCUGAAUUGGCCAGCUCCAUUGUUUCCCACGUGGCCUUUAUUCCAUUCUCCCAGGGACUCAGACACUGCUCAUCUGGCUCAAUGGCAGUCCAGGGAGCUGACCUGACAAAAGGUGUCAGUGGCAUAAACUUAAAUUCAAGAACGCUGAGAAAAAUUGUAGAUGUCCCUCACUUUCAAAAGCCUGCCCUUAAUGUUUCUGGGGUGUUGGGGGUAAGAAUGGAUCUCUGGGUAGGAGCUCUUGGCUUGCAGAAACAAGGCUGGGGGGACCCUUUUUUUCUGCCUUUCCUCUCCUAAUCAGUAUGCUGAGUGAGGGGACCCCCUGUGUGGACUCAGCCCAGGUCCUAUCUCUGCACACUUCCGCCUCUCAACCAGCCAUCUUGCCCAACUCCAGGAUCUAUGACACGUGUACAGGGGGUAGAGCAGAAGUGACCUCAAGCCAUUUAGAAAGGGAAUUCUGGGGGUCUGGGUACCAGGGCAAGGCACAGGCUCUGCCUGGGGGAGGGCACAUUUCCUUGGCUCCCCUUUCUAUGUGGUAAAGGAAUUAGCCAGAGGAGGGUGGGAGCAGGUUCUUUAAAGCACAGGACCCAGACUGGGACCCUCAGUAUCUCUAACCUAAGGGCAAUGCUGCUUUCAUACACUUCCUCCUCGGGUAUCCUUUCCUAGCUCCUCCCACCUUAUACAGGUGCAGCAUACACAGUUUCUCCAGGUACUUAAUCACAUCAAGCCUAUUGCUGUCAGCAAGGAGGACGGUGGGGAGGAAGUGGGAAGGGUACCAAUGAAACCAGGGAGGUCAGAUGUUGAUGGUUAUUGAAAGGGCAUGAUGGGUGACUGGGAUGUUUUGCACAGUUCUCUUUACUGUGUGUAUCUUUGAACUUUUUCAUAAUGAAAAGUUUAAAGAAAAGUGAAGC